AUGAGCGACUGGUUUGGCCAAAUUGGCGGAGUCUCCUCGGCCCUAGCAGGCCUUGAUAUGGCUAUGCCUGGUGAUGGCCCAGUCCCGUUGGCGGGUGGCGCAUUCUGGGCAUACGAGCUGUCCAGGUCCAUUCUCAAUGGGACCAUUCCUUUGGAGCGCCUUAACGACAUGUUUGGACAAGAUGACAACUACCCGGAACCAAACUUCUCAACCAAUACCCAAAAAGAGAGUGGCCUUAUCUAUCCUGGAGCCGUGUUUUCUCCGAGGGGCAUAGUCAACAAAUUCGUCGAUGUCCAGGGGAACCAUAAGGAAAUUGCGAGGGCUAUCGCGAGAGACGCCAUUACCCUUGUCAAGAAUAAAGAUAACUUGCUCCCACUGAAGGCAAGUGCAUCUCUAGCAAUAUUCGGUGAAGAUGCAGGCACAAAUCCAAACGGGAUUAAUUAUUGCGCCGAUAAAGGCUGCAAUAAGGGUGUCCUAACAAUGGGUUGGGGUAGCGGAACUUCCAGGUUACCAUACCUAAGUACGCCAGAAGAAGCCAUCAAGAACAGGUCGACAACUUCCAAAUCCUAUAUCACGAACAAAUUUCCUUCGAAUAUUAAGGUAAACCCCGAGGAUGUCGCCAUUGUCUUUGUCAACUCCGACUCUGGAGAAAAUUAUAUUACGGUCGAAAGAAAUCCCGGAGAUAGAAGCUAUGCUGGCCUGGAACUAUGGUACGGAGGCGAUAAAUUGAUCCAAGAAGCAGCCAAGAAAUUCUCAAGCGUUGUUGUCGUCGUACACACUGUUGGGCCGACACUUCUGGAGAAAUGGGUUGACCUGCCCGCAGUAAAAAGUGUCCUUAUUGCCCAUCUUCCAGGCCAAGAGGCGGGGAAUGCAGUGGCAGACAUUCUCUUUGGUGAUGUCAGCCCCAGCGGCCACCUUCCUUAUACAAUCCCGAAAUCUGAAUCGGACUAUUCUCCAAGCUCAUCCCUUUUAAACCAGCCAUUUGGGCAGAUCCAGGACAAUUUUGUUGAUGGGUUAUAUGUCGACUACCGCCACUUCCAGAAAGAAGGAAAAUCGGUCCGUUACCCAUUCGGCUAUGGGCUCUCUUAUACAACUUUCGGGUUUAACGGGGCUACGAUAACCGCUGGAACCCGACUAUCCGAGUAUCCUCCUCCUCGGAUGCCAAAAGGCACGACACCGAUAUAUACUGAUAAAAUUCCAGAUGGUUCCGAAGUUGCAUGGCCGAAGAACUUCCAUAGAAUAUGGCGUUAUCUGUAUCCAUAUCUUAAUAAUCCAGCUAGCGUCAAAGCCGACUCAAAGUUCAUAUAUCCCAAGGGAUAUCAGACCACGCCACAACCUGAUCCGAGAGCGGGAGGGUCUCAAGGUGGGAAUCCAGCUCUAUGGGAUGUAGUAUUCACCGUCGCAGUCAGAGUCAAGAACACAGGACGAGUUCCUGGUCGUGCCGUGGCUCAACUGUAUGUUGAAUUGCCGGCUGAACUGGCUGCAAACACACCCAAAUUGCAGCUACGUCAAUUUGAAAAGACCUCAACACUUGCUCCAGGGCAAGAAGAGGUAUUGAGAAUGGAACUCACCCGGAAGGACUUGAGUGUUUGGGAUGUGGUAACUCAGGAUUGGAAGGCUCCAGUUGAUGGGAAAGGGGUGAAGUUACAUAUUGGUGAGAGUGUUGAAGAUUUGCAUAUCAUGUGUGAAAUCAGUUCCGGGACAUGUAGAGCCGUUUCAUAA